AUGCAAUCAGCACCAAAUAGAUUCUCUAAAAACCGAUCUAACGUGACUCAAGCGUGUGAUGCUUGUAAACGUAAAAAAAUUAAAUGCGACAAUGCAGGACAUCUCGAUCAAUCUACCAAAUGCAGCGUAUGCAUAAAACAUAAUUAUGAAUGCGUUUAUUCUACUAAACCAAAAAAAAGAGGACCAAAACCAAAGAAAGGCCGUCCAAAUAGUCAAGGUGGCGAGUUAUUUCCUGGGCUAUCUCAAGAAGACAUAAAGCUUGUUUCCAACUGGUGUAGACCAGAUCAAAAAUUAUCCUUUGUGGUAGAUAUUCUCACCUCGACCUCAUCAUUGCCAUGUCGAGAUGCAAAAAUUGAAGGUCAUUGUUGUCAUAUGGGAUGUAUUGUGAGAUAUAAAAACAACUAA